UCCCGUCGUUUCUACUACCUUUGUACCCCGUGAAUCCGCAUCCCUCGAGCAAGUCCAGCCCCGUGCGCGAGUGGCAUUCGUCGUCUGGAACCAUCGUCACCUCCUAAUCCCAUCCGAAAUCCUCACUUUGUCUUAAGCCAAAUAAAAAAAAUCAGUCCUCCCGCCCCUUGUACAAUUCCCAUUUGCCCCCCGCUCGAUCCAGCGCUGCCGAAUUCGUGCCGGGUGCUGCCGAUUGAGUUCUGAUCCGGCGGCGUGCGGCGUUGGAGUGCCCCUGGUUUCGGAAGCGGCGAGGGCCAUGCGAAUUGAGUCGCUGCUGUGCUGAGCAUGAAGGGUGGGAGCGCUAAAGGCCUGGGUGAUGGGAUCAUCGGAGGGGCGCCUCGUUGAGUUGUUGGGAGCAGUCAAGUCGCGGAUGCCGCGGCGGGGAGAGCACUCGCCGCCGCCUGCGCCGAAGGCUGCUGCUGCUGCCGAUGUGCCACAGGCGCAGCCGCAUGACUUGUCCAGAGACUUCUGGAUGCCGGACCAAAGUUGCCGGGUGUGUUACGACUGCGAUGCCCAGUUCACCAUCCUUAAUCGGCGUCACCACUGCCGCCACUGCGGCCGCGUGUUCUGUGCCCGUUGCACGGCCAACUCUGUGCCCCGCUCGCUGGGGGACGCGGCGCGGGAGGACAUCGAGCGGAUCAGGGUCUGCAACUACUGCUUCAAGCGCUGGCUGGAGGAGGAGGCGGCCGCUCGGAGGGAUGUGGCGCAGCCGUCGAGCCCGUCGCCGUCGGCCACGAGUGCGGGGAGCGAAAAGUCAUGUUCCACCGGGCGUAGCAGCACGGUGACCAACGGCCAGUUGUUGUCUUAUGCGAAUGCCAGCUGCACUCACUCUGCAUCACGGUCGGUGAGCAGCGAGGGCAACUGCGGCGAGCUCGAUGCUUCUCUGGAGUUGCAGCAUGCUGUGAUGGAGCCGGAUGGGGCCGUGGAGCAUGCGGCUUAUGUGGACAAUUCGCCUGAUCCAUUCAACUUCUGCUUGAAUAGGAGUGAUGAUGAAGAUGACGACUACACAAUUUUCCGCUCUGAUUCGGAAGUACACCACCUACAAAACUCUGAUGAAUACAAUGGGCCUAUGUGUUUUGAUGAUCAUCAAGUUGUUUGCAAUGAUGCUGCUAAAGAUUCUGCAUCACCAAGAAAAGAUACAGAAACCUUAGUUAAUUCUGAGGGAAUGGAUAAGACUGGUGAUCAUAUCAUUGAUAAUGCUGAGGAGUGCAAUGCUCGAUCUUCUUCGUUGUAUGGCAUGGAAGUGCUAGAAAAUGAACUUGUGGAUUUUGAAAACAAUAGCUCACUUUGGCUACCUCCAGAAGCCGAGGAUGAAGAGGAUGACCAUGAUGGUGCUCCAUGUGAUGAUGAUGAGGGGGAGGAUGCCACAGGAGAAUGGGGUUAUCUACGCUCAAACAGCUUCAGCAGUGGACAUUGUCGAAGUAGAGAUAAAUCUGCUGAGGAACACAAGAAAGCCAUGAAAGAUAUUGUUGAUGGGCAUUUUCGGGCAUUGGUGGCCCAACUUCUUCAAGCUGAAAAGAUAGAAUUGGGUGAUAAAAUUGGCAAUGAGAGUUGGCUAGAUAUAGUUACCUCCUUGUCUUGGGAAGCUGCAUCUCUUUUGAGACCAGAUACCAGCAAAGGAGGACGUAUGGACCCUGGUGGCUAUGUAAAGGUGAAAUGCUUGGCUUGUGGCCGUCCAAGUGACAGUUAUAAAAAAAAGGGCAGCCCGGUGCAUGUAGCUCCCGCUUGCACAGGGUCCAGGGAAGGGUCCGACCACUUUGGGUCUAUUGUACGCAGCCUUUCCCUACAUUUCUGCAAGAGGCUGUUUCCAGGACUUGAACCCGUGACCUCAUGGUCACAAGGCAGCAGCUUUACCACUGCGCCAAGGCAACAGCUUUUCAACUUGGUUGUAAGAGGAGUUGUUUGUAAGAAGAAUGUUGCUCAUCGGCGCAUGUCAACAAAGAAGGAAAAUCCACGAAUCCUAAUUCUUGGUGGUGCACUUGAAUAUCAGCGUGUAUCGAAUUUGCUUUCAAGUUUUGAUACUUUACUGCAGCAGGAAACGGAUUAUCUGAAAAUGGCAGUUGUAAAGAUCAAAGCGCACCAACCAAGUGUUGUAUUGGUAGAGAAAUCUGUGUCUCGUUAUGCUCAGGAUUUGUUUCUGGAGAAAAACAUUUCACUUGUUUUGAAUAUCAAAAGGCCACUUCUGGAACGGAUAUCCCGUUGCACUGGUGCUCAGAUAGUUCCCUCGAUUGAUUACCUGUCAUCCCAAAAGCUCGGGAAUUGUGACUUAUUCCAUGUGGAGAAGUAUGUUGAAGAGCAUGGGACUGCUGGAGAAGGUGGGAAGAAAAUGCUGAAGACCCUUAUGUUUUUUGAAGGCUGUCCAAAGCCCUUGGGUUUUACAAUCUUGCUAAAAGGAGCUAAUGGGGAUGAGUUGAAAAAAGUGAAGCAUGUUGUGCAAUAUGGAGUCUUCGCAGCCUAUCACUUGGCUCUUGAAACAUCUUUUCUUGUAGAUGAAGGUGCAACCUUGCCAGAACUCCCUCUUAAGUCGCCGAUUAUUGUUGCUUUGCCGGACAAACCUUCCAGUGCUGAUAGAUCCAUUUCAAAGAUACCUAUUUUGCAAAUGCCUACUAUUUCAUCACCCAACAACAACCUGCAAGCAUUUGAUAUUCAAAAGGAUGACUUUACAUCCAAUGGUUUUAGAAUGAUGGACCAAAUGGCUGCAGCAUCCUUCCCUGAUAACAAAUGCUGGAAAAGAUUGGGAGUUGGUUCUACCCAAGCAUCAUCAGUUCAAAUCAAUGACCAAAUUGGAGACAUUGACUGUUUGCUUGGUAUGGACCCUCAAUCAUAUAAUGAUCCUCUGGUUCAGCAGUCGAGAAUUUCAUUCUGCCAGUGUCCUGCUUGUACUAGAGAUGUUGACAGCAAAAUGAAAUUUGAAGAACUCCAGCCUGAAACUAAUGGCCUGAGUGUGUUGCCUGCUCAUCCUGCAAAUUUGGUGGCUGCUGAAAGUGAUCUUUCAUUUGCCCAUAAUGCCAACAAUGGUGCCAAGGUAGCGGCUAAGCCAUUUGCUCCUCUCAACUUACAAGUUUCUUAUAAUAAUGGCAGUUCAAAUGACAGUUCAAUAGUAAAAAGGGAUGAAAUUCCAGCAUCCCCUGCAGACAACCAGAGUAUAUUAGUUUCUCUGUCCUCGCGUUGUGUUUGGAAAGAAGCUAUAUGUGAGCGGCCUCACCUUCUUCGCAUAAAAUAUUAUGGUAACUUUGACAAACCUUUAGGCAGGUUUUUGCGUGACGAGCUAUUUGAUCAGAGCAAUUGUUGUCUCUCUUGUGAGCUGGCACCAGAGGCCCAUGUUUAUUGCUAUGUUCACCCCCAAGGCAGCUUAACAAUAUCAGUGCGGAAACUCAUAGUGAAGUUACCUGGUGAACAUGAUGGUAAAAUCUGGAUGUGGCAUAGAUGCUUACGCUGUCCGCACGAUAAAGGGCUCCCUCCAGCAACUAAAAGAGUAGUGAUGUCUGAUGCUGCCUGGGGCUUAUCUUUUGGUAAAUUUUUGGAACUUAGUUUUUCAAAUCAUGCAGCAGCAAGUAGGGUAGCCAGCUGUGGUCAUUCUCUUCACAGGGACUGCCUUCGUUUUUAUGGUUUCGGUGAAAUGGUUGCUUGCUUCAGAUACGCAUCAAUCAAGGUUCACUCAGUCUAUUUGCCUCCGCCGAAACUUGAUUUUACUUCCCAGCAUCAGGAAUGGGUAGAGCAAGAAGCAAAUGAGGUGGUUGAUUCAGCUGAACUCCUGUUCACUGAAGUACUGAAUGCACUCCAUCAAAUUUCAGAGAAAAGGCCAAUUACAGGCUCUUUUGAUGGCAACAUGAAGAUCCUUGAGUUAAGACAAAACAUAGUAGAGUUGGAAGAUAUCCUACAAGCAGAGAAGGUUGAUUUCACGGAGUCACUAAAGAAUCUACUGAAAAAGGAAAUCAGAAAGGGGCAGUUAUUCAUUGAUAUUCUUGAAGUUAACAAACUAAGGAGGCAGCUACUAUUUCUUUGUUACUUGUGGGAUCAACGCCUAAGUUUCAUAGCAACCUCAGGUGGCAAGUAUUGCGCUGCUCUGGGAAGUCUACGAGUUGGAAGUAAUAAUUCUGAAAUCAAUGACCGAUCAGCUGAUACCAAUACAAACACAAAGUUGGAGAAGAACUCAAAGGGCACCGAUUCAAAUGCACUUCACGCUGGUGAUGAAGGGACCAACCAGCAUGAUCAAUCUAAUGAAACUUGCUCAAGAAAUACUGAAGAGUUGAAUGGUGCUGAAGAUACAAUAGUUGAAAUAAAUCAUGCUAAUAGCGCUAAUGUCAGGGAUCAUUUAGAUCAUCAAGGAUCGAUUAUCGGCAUUCGUAGGGUUUCUUCUGAAGGUCAGUUCCCAGUAGCUACUGACAUUUCAGAUAAACUGGAUGCAAAAUGGAGAGGUGAGGAUGGACCUGCUCCUGAUGCAAGCCUGGUGAAACCACUAGCUCUGUUAGAAGGUACAGCUGCUGAUGUGAAAAAACAAGCAAAGGCAGUACCACACCACACUUCUGCAUCUGUCAGGUCUGGGGAUACAGUAGAAGACUUGCUAAGCUGCCUUAAAAUGCCAUACAUGACAUUUUAUAAUUCAUUGAACACAAACUCUGGCACAGCACCGACAUUCGGAACCUUGGCCGGCUACAAUCCUGUAUACAUUUCAUUGUUUCGCGAUCUAUCACAGCAAGGUGGAGCAAGACUUUUUCUGCCAACUGGAGCUAAUGAUGUUGUUAUCCCGGUAUUUGAUGAUGAACCGACUAGUAUUAUUUCUUAUGCACUUGUUUCACCUGUGUAUUACUUUCAAAUGUCAGUUGAGAGCAAUCAAAAUAAAGACAGUGCAGAUUCUACACUUUCGUUGCCUGUUUAUGAUUCAGGAAAUUUUAACCUGUUCCAUUUAUUUGAGGAUUUUGGAUCCUCUGAUGAUUUUGCUGCAUCGAUAUCUUCCAGUAGAGGGUCCUUUGCUCCUGAUCUACUGCACUCCAGAGUUUCUUUUCAAGAUGGUGGGCCACUUGGGAAAGUUAAAUACACUGUGACAUGCUAUUAUGCAAAAAGCUUUGAAGAACUCAGAAGGUUUUGUUGUCCAUCGGAGCUUGAUUAUUUAAGAUCUAUCAGUCGAUGCAAGAAAUGGGGAGCACAAGGUGGCAAAAGUAAUGUGUUCUUUGCAAAAUCCCUGGAUGAUAGAUUUAUUAUAAAGCAGGUCACAAAAACAGAGCUUGAAUCAUUCCUUCAGUUCGGCCCAGAUUAUUUUAAGUAUUUGUCAGAGUCCAUAAGCACUGGAAGCCCUACAUGCCUUGCAAAGAUUCUGGGAAUCUAUCAGGGUGGCAAAUGAUGUGAAGUAUUAUGUUGGACACGGAGUCUUUGAUAUGUUUUACACGCUUAUUAUCUCAUCCACCAUCCUCAAGUUCUUUUAACUACAUUCAAACAUCACAUUUGGUAGGCUGCAACUUGGCUUAUGUUGAUUCCAAGUCCGUUUAAACCUAUAAGCGUGGGUUUUUAAGAAUGUUUUCAAUGGGGCAUACCAUUUUAAAUGGGAUAAAAUAAUAUGCAGCGAGAUCUCAAAUGUUGAUUUGAAUGUACUACAGUUCUAAACUUCGACAUUAAAAAUACAGGAGAAAAAUAAAAAUGAUAAUGUGAUAUGCAACAAGUAAACAUAUCAUUAGUGUUUAGGCCUACCUUGCAAAGUAGAAUAAUGAUGUGUAUACUAGCAUUAGUUGAAAUGUCCACUAAUACAUGUGAUAAGAAAAGGAAUAUCCAGUUGUUUCUUCUGUAACUUUAGAAGGUCUUGAUUAAAAAUAUAACAGUGUGGCUAAAUUAUUUUUGGCUCUACUUUCAUGUUGUUCUGUAGCGUAGCACAGGCAUUUUACUAGUUUGAUAUGCAGUCUCAGUAUAGCCUAGGUCUCUUUACAUAGUCGUAUUAGUUUAAAUUUCCUUGUACCACAAACUAAUGUACUAGGUCUCUUUUUUCGAGAAAACGCAAAAGCUUUGCGUUUCAUUGUAUUGAAGAGAAAGAGUGUUUUAUGUUACAGUCCUCCUGGGAGGCGAAUUACAGUCAGGGGACAUGAGUUAGUGCACGUCCCAGGUCGAGGGCAAGACUACUCUGAGUCCAGCAGCGCCUGCCGUAGCCCAAAGUUUGGCCUCCUCCUUGAUGCCGUGCACUAGCGCCCGGAUGGAAGGGCGUGCGUCGUUGAAGACGCAAUCGUUGCGGUGCUUCCAGAUCAUCCAGGAGGUAAGAAGUGUCGCGGAUGCCAGCCCCUUGCGCAUCGCCUUGGGCGUGACCUGCCGGGCAUCAUGCCACCAAUCAAAGAGGGUAGCCUCGUUGCUCGGGGGCCUGCAUGUCAUGCGCAUCCAGGAAAGGAUCUCGAACCAGACGUGCCUCGAGAAGGAACACCCAAGGAGGAGAUGGCGCAUUGUUUCAGGCUCCUGGCAGCAAAGAGGGCAACUGUUGUGGUGCUGCAGUCCAUGCCGGGCGAGGCGGUCCACCGUCCAUCAUCGAUCCAAGCUGACAAGCCAGAGGAAGAACUUCACUCUGGGGGGUGCCCAACUCUUCCAUGUGAGCCUCCAGUUGCCGCAGGUCAUCGAGCCGUGGAAGGAAGCAGUGUAUACAGAUUUAGCGGUGUAGAUGCCCGACGCCGUCCACUUCCACACGAGCUGGUCAGGCGCGUCAGAGAGCGUUGUGCUCUCGAUCAAGCGCCAUAGCAGGAUGUACUGGCCGAUUUCGUGAAUGCCCACAACUCCGUGGAUGUCUCGCGCCCAAAGGUGCCCCGGCAAGCCGUCGGCAACCGUCGUGGCCUUCCUUCUCCUUUUGGGAAUGCAGGAGUGCAGGAGAGGUGCGAUUUCGCGGACAGAGCGUCCUCCAAUCCAUCUGUCCUCCCAGAACUUCGUGUUCUGACCGUUGCCAAGGACGGUGUAAGUGCUGGCAAAGAAGAAGGCGCGCUCCUCAGCGGAAAACUGCAGGUCCAAGCCACUCCAAGCGCGGCGAUCGUCGGUGCGGCUGAACCAGAGCCAACGGACACGGAGCGAAAGGCCCGUGCGCUCCAGGUCAUGGACUCCCAGCCCACCUAAGGACAGUGGGCGGGCAACACGGCGCCAAUUGACAUGGCAGUGCCCUCCUUUGGCUUCGGCGCGACCAGCCCAAAGGAAGCCGCGUUGGAUUUUCUCGAGCAGCUUGAGAGUCUUCUUGGGGGGAGGGGGGGGGGCAAGCACGAGCAGCUGGUGGAGCGGAAUCGCACCCAGGACCGAUUUCGCCAGGGCGAGGCGGCCGGCUCGGUUCAUUAGCCACGCCUUCCAAGAGGGGAGGCUCCUGGCCACCCUGUCGACGAGGGGUAGCAGCUGCGCGGCAGUAGGUCGUCGGAUGGUGAGGGGGAUGCCCAGGUAGGUGAGGGGGAACUCGACGAUCGGGCAACCCAGGAGCUGGACGGCGGGAGCAGCCUCGUCGGCCUCGCAGCAAAUGAGUGUGGCAGCGCUCUUGGCGUAGUUAACAUGCAGUCCAGAGGCCUGGCCGAACAGGUGCAGGAUGGCCUUGACCGCUUCCAUGUCGUCGGAGUGGGGAUGGCAGAAUAGGACGACGUCGUCCGCAUACAGCGAGAUUGGUAGGACGGAUCUUGUGGGAUGCAGUCUGCGCAAGACCCCCAUGUCCGCAGCACGCUUGAAGAGUCGCCCAAGAAUGUCCACGGCGAGGACGAACAACUGAGGUGAGACGGGGUCGCCCUGGCGCAGGCCCUGGCGAUGCCAAAUUGGGGGGCCAGGGUUCCCGUUGAGCAGCACCUUUGUGCUAGCAGAAGAAAGCAAGAUCGCGAGCCAUUCCAAGAAUCUGUCUCCGAAGCCGUACUAUCGCAGCACCUCGAAGAGAAAUGGCCAUGAAAGCGAGUCGAAGGCGCGAGCAAGGUCGAGCUUGAGGAGGAUGCGCGGCGCCCCGAGCUGGUGCAGCAGGCGUGCGGACUGCCGAACAAGGACAAAAUUGUCGUGCAAGCUGCGACCGGAGAUGAAGGCGUUCUGGUUGUUGCUGACGAGCGAGUCAAGCUUUGGCGCGAGGCGAAGCGACAACACCUUGGCGAAGAUCUUGGCCACCACGUGAAUGAGGUUGAUCGGCCUGUAUUCGCGCAGGCCGCGCGCAUCGGCGUGCUUUGGCAGCAGCGAUAGGAGUGCCUCGUUGAGACGGGAGAAUCCGCGGCCGCGCAUGUCAUAGAGCUGCUGAAAGACGGCGGCGAAGUCGUCCUUGACGAUGGGCCAGCAGGCGCGGAGAAACUCGGCGGUGAAUCCGUCCGGCCCUGGGGCCUUCCGCACCGGCAGCCGCUUGACGGCAUUCCAGAUUUCGUCGUCGGUGAAGGGCGCGUCGAGCUCGAGAAGGUCGUCAGCGGGCUCGAUGAGUUGCGCGAGGUUUAGCGUGCACUCGCGAUGCGUAGCGGUGCCCAGGAGCUCGUCGAAGUGGGCGAAAGUGGCCGCAGCCAUGUCGUCGUGGCUGGUGAGGACUUGUCCGUCCACAGCCAGGCUGUGGAUCCUGUUCUUCUGGCGACGGUAAGAGCACUAGCGAUGGAAGAAGGAAGUAUUUGCAUCCCCGUCCUGGAGGGAGGCGACACGCGCUCGCUGACGUGCAAUGGUACGCUCAAGCGAUGCCAGGCCCAUGUAGGAGGUUUUGAUUUGGCGACGAAGCCAAUCCUCAUGCGCGGAGAGAGGCCGGCUCUCCUGCGCGGCGUCGAAGCGGAGCAGCAGCUCGCGGGAGAGGGCCAUCUUGUGGCGCACGUUGCCAACAGUGCGAGCGCUCCAGCCGGUCAGCUUACGUGCAGUGGCUUGCAUGCGAAGCAUGAGUCUCUCGAAUGAGUCAACGGAGCCGACGGAGUGCCAAGCCGCUGCAAUAAUCUCCUGGAAUCCUGGCAACCGAACCCAAUAGUCCUUGAAGUGGAAGCGACGACGAUCGGGCGGGAUUGGGGAGCAGUCCAGGAGGAGGGGGCUGUGGUCCGACACGACAGAGGCAAGGCAUCGGAGGUGGCAAUCGCUGUGCCGCUCCUCCCAGUCCACCGUGCACAAUACUCUAUCCAGGUGCACCAACGUUGGGGGUGACCGCUCGCUGGACCAAGUGUAUCGGCGGCCACUGAGAUACACCUCCUUGAGCGCCAUGUCGUUGAGGAAACGCCGAAACCGCCCCAUCAUGCGCCUUUCUACGUUCCCAUUGUUCUUGUCCUCGUCCCGGUAUAUGAGGUUGAAGUCGCCACAGAGCAUCCACGGGCCUGGGCACGCAAUGCGCAGGUCGCGAAGCUCCUAGAGGAAGGCAAUCUUGUCGGCGUCCGAUUGGGGUCCAUAAACAACCGUGAUCCACCAUGGCGUGUGCUGGCUCGAGGUGGUGGCUACCUUGGCGGACAACGUGUUGGCGGUGAGCUCGGGGUUGGUGAUUGUCACCUCCCUGCUUUUCCAAGCCAGCAGAAUGCCCCCGCAGGUUCCAAUCGCCGGCAAAUACACGAAUUCAUCAAAAUCAGAGCCGAGCGCCUCAAGGACAACCGACGAGCAAAUCAAAGCCAUUUUCGUUUCUUGAAGACAGACAAUGGUGGCGCCACUAGACAUGAUCAACGAGCGGAUAGUGGUGCGCCGAGCGCGUGCAUUAAGGCCACACACGUUCCAUAUCGCAAUCUUGAGGUCGUGAUCCAUGAGCAAGAGGUCGACGGGGGUCCGAGCGCAAGGCUAGACCGCGAUCGCGCCCCCAGAGGGCGUCACAAUGGCGUGCGCGGGUGCCGGGUCGACAAGAAGCUCACGAUCCACCAAUGCCGCGAUGGCAGAGAGCACGGCUAGUGGGAUCGGCGCAGCGAACACGUCGUCAUAGGCCUUCAUUUCUGCGGCGGUGAUCUUCUGGUUGGUGCCAACAAUCCCAAGGGUGCGCAGCACCUGAACUUGCGCCCGGCGUUCGGCAGUGGGCGGCGCAGUGGCUGGAUUUGCUGCCGAAGAUGCAGAGCGCCCGCGCCGGAGGGUGAAGUUCAGUGGCUGCCGGCGAGCCCGUUUGCCGGGGGUGGGGAGAACAGUGCUCAGGUGUCGAGUUGCCGCCGUCAGGAACUCCCCUAAGGUCCAAGUGGCUCCCCGCGGCCUGGAUCGACGCAAGGUGAUAGGCGGGGAGGCGAAGCGGUGCGCGCUUGAUAGCAGGGAGUUCGCGGCAGGCCAGCAGUUUUCCGUCAGAGGCCGCUCCGCGUGCGCAUGCGCGGCCUCAGGGGGUGGCCUUGUGGGCGACGCAGGCCUGGCCUCUUGAGCAGUAGGCCGGUCGGGCCUAUGAAGGUCGCGGCCCAUAUCCAGAGUGCGCGCCUGGUCCGGCCCAGCGUCGGACCGAUUCCACUGGUGCCCCACCAGAAUCGGUGUGAGAUUCAAACAGGGACGGAGCCAUGGCUCGAACGUCACCGUGAUCGUCACUGUCGGGCUGAGGCGGCAGGCCUGCAGAGCGGGCGCAGUCUGUCCCAUCGGCGGGCAGGGGCAAAGCUUGUCCCGACAAGGGAUCCACCUCGGGUGCCGUUCGCGCCAGGGGCAGCGUGUCGGGGGCGGGGACCUCACUUUGUGGCGUCGAAUCCAGAGUUGGACGAAUCAGAGGGCCGGCUAGGGCAGGUGUCGACAAGGCGGGGGUAUCUACUUGCGCGGGGGGGACUGGUGGCCUGGGAAAGACAGCGGGCCCUUCAGCAGCCCCAACGGGGCGGGAGAGCAAUCGCGGAGCGCCAGCUGUCCUGGCCAAAGGUGGAUCAGCUGUGGCGGGGUCCGCGGAGGCGUCAUCUGCAGCAGGAUCAGGCAGUGGGCUUCUUUGUUGCCAGACUUGCUUUCCUCUUUUGGGGUGACGACGACGUUGUCGGCGGGCCCCAGCCCGCGCGGGCCAGGGUGACAUCCUUGUGGCGCUGGCAGUUGGAUCUUGAUGCGGCGGCGCCGUACGCUGGCGAGAAUCCGCCGAGCACCAAGCAGAGGCGAUGGCCACCCCGUCCGCGCGGCGGGAGCCGGCGACGGUGGACCAGGUGAGGGCGUCGAAGGCUCUAUCAUGGCCGUGCCCGGUGGUUGGCGAGGCGGCGUCGUGGCGGCGAUGCUUGCGGCCACGGCGGCGAGUGGGGCCGCGUCGUGCGCCGCGGCCAGGGGGGUCGUGGCCGUCCUCGGCGUCUCCAUGAUCAUCGGCGUCUGCACGGGGGUCCGGUGGCGGAGGCGACCGCUCGACGUCCGCGCUGAUAAGCCGGAUGGAGACCGGGUAGGUCAGCGUGCGGACGGAGGGGGCCUCGGACGGGACGCGCGCGGGGAUGAGCUCGACGAUCUCGAGGAUGGCCUGGCGGCGAAUGGCGGACGGGUCACGGGUACGCGCAGAUAGCCUGAACGUGGCGAGGUCCUCCCGCGACCUCGUUCCGGGAUGGAGACGCUCCACCCAACAGCUCGAGCCAAGGAGAUGCUCCGCCGUGGAGAGGUGCCACGCCUGGGCAGGGAUGCCGCGGAGCUCAAGCUCAACGCGCUGCUCGAACCUGUCACAGCCGGCAUGGGCAAGCUUACUCCAAGGGCGGAGAGAGAGCGCGAAGUUGGGGCCGUCGAUGAAGUGGUCGCCGCAGAUCCUGUUCUUGAUGGCUUGCGUGCUGCAGAUGAUGACGAAAUCUUCGGGAUGGUGGAUGUGGAUCAUGAAGUCACCGGGGCGCAACUCGAGCGUGGAGUACAGCGUGUCUGCCACCUCCUCCGCGGUGACCACGGGCCUGGUGCCGGUGAUGGAGGCGACCAUCCCGCGUCGCAGCACUUCCUCGGCCUCCUCCAUCUCCAUUGAGCGAGAGAGGAUGACUCAGACUGGGCUUGGGGGAGCGGUGGCUUGCACAGGUGCUGGCGCGGCACGAAUGGGCGGCAGGGUGGCGCGGCGCCGCGGCGGAGGCGGGGCCUGCUGCAACGCGCGGUCUCUGGCUCUGCGCUCAGGCGUGCAUUCCCUGGAGAUAUGGCCAGAGAGGAGGCAACGUCUGCACCUGACCUUGUUCGUGCAGUCGCGGACGUGAUGGCCUGGGUCAAGGCAGCGGAAGCAGAGGCCGGCCUCUUCCUCCGGCGUGGGGCUGCAGCGGGAGCGAGGCGCGGGGGGCGUGGGGGGCUCUGUGCGUUGGGCGCGGCGGCGCCGACCCCUACCCCUCGGCCGCAGCCAGGCUCCGCCCGCGUCCGGCGUCUCCACCUCCGCGUGCACAACGCGGUGGACCUCCGAGCGGGGGCCGAGGCGGGAGGAGGCGGGCGCGCGCAAGGCCGGGGCUUGGGCGGACUGCAGCUGGAGGAGCGGCGGUGCAGGAGCGGAGCUGCAGGCCACGUCGCAGUAGGAGCGCUGACCGGAGGAGGAGGAGUCGGUGUCGGAGUCCCUCCAGCGCUCCUCGCGGUGGCGGUGGCGCGCCUCCCCGUCGGUGCUGCAGGAGGCCAUGGCGCCGGGAGGGGGGAGGGGGCAACUGGCGUAGACUGUUUGUUUAUUGCCGGGACCUGUACUAGGUCUCUUUACAUGUAUAUAUAUUUGCCCCAUGGGCUAUGCAAUACAACUAAGCUGCUCCAAUAACAGUCUCCAGAGAAAAGGAUUACAUUUCCGUUCCGAGGCCCUCCAUUUUAUACAUGGGUAUGAUCAUUUGUGUUAGGAAAUAUGCAACUUAUAUUUCCUGGGGGGCAAGGGCCAGUAUAUAUACACAUGUACAGGUGGUAAAUAUGCAGAAAAUCCCUAUACAAUGUGGAAAAUACACAUGCUAUAUAUGGAACAUAAUAUAACUAUCACAUGGGUCACAGGAGCAAAAGUCUCAUCGUAAUCACAGUCAUGCUCCUGCUGCCCACGAGCCACAGGACAAGCUUUGUAGUGCUCAAGAGAAUCAUCAAAGCGAGUCUUAACCUUGUAGACCCUACAAGUGAUGGGACGAACACGGGGAUGAAGAGAAAUGAGAUCCCACAUGCCGGUGCGCUCAAGAGGAACAGUCUCCUUUGCCAUCGCAAGCUGCCAUUCGGGGUGAACAAUAGCAUCAGAAUAAGAAGUGGGCUCAAGAACAGCGGCGCCAGCGCUUGGAAGGCCAAGGUGGUCAACAGGCGGAAGCGGAGAAGGACGCAAGCCAUAAGUAGGCCGAGUCGCUCAGAUGAGGAAGAUGGCACACGAGAAGUAGAUGGUGCAUCAGUAGACUUAUCCACAACAUGCGGACGACGAGUAUAAAUGUGAGGAAAAGAUGGAAGAAUACGAGGAGGAAUCACCGGGAUAGUCUCAGGUGAUAGAGACGGGGAAGCCACCGGGGAUGAAGGUACGUAAUCCUGUGAUAAGUGAGGUGAGGAAACAAUAGGAGAUGGUGGCGGAGGAUCUGCAGUAGUCGAAGAAGCAGGAGCAGUAGGACGGAUGGGAAAAGACUCAACAAGAGCGAUAGGAGCGUCGGGAAAAGUGAGGAAAGAGAUAUCCUUUGUUGAGUCAACCAUGGUCUUCGGUGAACGUGCAGCUGCAUGCAUGCAGCACCAGCGGCAGCAGCUUCCUUUGCAUGUAAGGAAGUGGUAGUUACCUAGUAGCUUCCUAGUAGUACGCUUAGAUGGUGCAAGGAACUUACCUAGAGGUUUCCUUGAUAGUACAUGGUAGUUUCGUGUGUGUUGUGCACGUCCAGCACAUAGUCGGUUUUAGAACCACUAUAUAAGGGGCAGCUCCCCAUCGUUGUAAGAUAAGGCCAUUCCAAGUUUGCAAUACCAGGCAUUUCCUCCUUCUAGUACCAUCGUGUGUGCUCCAAGCCUCAAGUGCUGUGUACUACUACUACUGCUAUUAGUGUGUGUAUGUGAUACACUAGUGAGUGUGUGAGUAGUACGUGUGUGUGCUCAUCUGCCGGUCGUUUAUCAGUGUACUCAAGUGCUAGCGAGUACUUCUGGGCUAACAAUUGGCAUCAGAGCCUCAGGUUGUGGUAGCCAUGGCCGGUGCAAAAGGAGUGCAGCAGCGCACCACAUCGGGUGGUUCCCAGUCGUGGCUAUCACAGGACGGCUCCCGGCGAGGGCGCAGCUGGUCCAGGCAUGGCCAUCGCGGUGAAGUCGUGGUUAGGGAGAUCGUGCGUGAGACCGCAUUCAGCGGUAGCGUACCCAUCACCUUCCCGAUGCUCACGCGCUCGAACUACAACGAGUGGGCAUUGAUCAUGGAGUGCAACCUCCAUGCGGCGAGCCUCUGGGCUCCCAUGGAGGAUGACCUGGUCGAGAGAAAGGAGGACAGGAAAGCCGUGGCGGCGCUUAUGCGUGCCACGCUGCCGGAGAUGCACGGCAUGCUCGCGGCGAAGGCAAGCGCCAAGGAGGUGUGGGAAGCCAUCCGUACCCAGCGCCUCGGCAGCAACCGCGUGCGUGAGGCGAACGCGCAGAAGCUACGGGCGGACUUCGAGAACAUCGCCUUCAAGGAGGGCGAGCUCGUCGACGACUUCGCCAUGCGGAUCUCUAGCGUUGCGUCACAACUCUGAGCGCUCGGCGACACCAUGGACGAUGAGAGAGUCGUGCGGAAAUUUCUCCGCGUCGUGCCACCUCGCUUCGCUCAGGUAGCGGUCUCCAUCGAGACCUUGCUUGACCUGAGUGAGCUCUCCAUCGAGGAGCUCACGGGCCGGUUGCGGGUGGUCGAGGACCGCAUUGACGACGGCGGCGAGACCUUCGGCGGCGGACAACUCCUAUUCUCGAAGAAGUGGGAGGCGAGGAAGCGUCAAGGACGUGGUGGCGGUGCCCAGAGCAAUGGAGGCGGCACUGGCAGAGGCGGUGGUCGCACCCAGGGUGGAGCCGGACGAGGUGCCGGCAACGAUGACCGAGACAAGUGCCGAUAUUGCAGCAUCAAGGGCCACUGGGCCCGUGAGUGCCGCAAGAGGAUGGCUGACGAGGAUGCCGCAGCCGCGGCGAACCUCGUCCAGGCUGAAGAGGACUGUGGUUCAGCAAUGAUGAUGGCUUGCAUCGAGACCAUGCAGGAAGGCGCAACGCCUCCGGAGACCAUGGUCCCGACAAGCAUCGAAGCCGUGCAGGAGGGCGAAGCACCUCGGGCGACCACGGUGCCGGCAACCGUCAAGUCCGUGCGGGAGGCACGGAGCUCUUCAAGUAAACCCCUCUCGACAUCGGUAGCGCUCUCCCCGACAACAACAUUCUCAGGGGCCUACGACUGCGUGGAGAUGAAGACCCGGGUGUGGGGGAGCCACACCCCGACAACCACAUCCCUUGUGACGCUGGUCAAGCCCGUGCAAGUUGGCACGGCAAUCACGGCCCCGACAUCCUCGGGACCCGACAAGCCCGUGCAAGUUGGCACGGCAAAGACGUCGCCGACAUCCUCGGGACCCAACAAGCCCGUGUCAGGAGGCACGACAACGACGCAUAUGGUGGGCCACGUCUCAACCAUGAUGCUGGCGACUAGUGAGCCCGUGCAAGAGGCACGACACUCAGGUCGGCCACACCCCAACAACCAGGUUCUCGGGGUUCUGCAAGCCCGUGUGGGCAACACGACACUCUUCGACAAGCCUCAACUGGGGGGCGAUGAAGAGACGGUCAUGGGGCGACAAGGCCUCGACCAUGACUAUGGCGACCGUCGAGACCGUGCAGGAGCCACGGUGCUCUAUGGUCGGCCACACCAUGACCUCGACAUGUUUGGGGUCCAUCGAGUCCAUGCGGGAGGCACGACACUCUCUGGUCGGGCACGCCCCGACCACGCUGGUGGCGACUGUCGAGACCGUGCAGGAGGCAUGGUGCUUUGUGGUCGGUCACAUUGCAGCCCCGACGCGCUCAGGGUCCGUUGAGUCCGUGCGGGAGGCACGACUCACGACUAUCGGGGGAGACCUGACAAGCAAGUCUGAUGAGAAGAAUGACAAGGACUCCGCUUUCCUAGGAAAAGCCACUCUUGUCAGUGCGGCGCCCGGCACAACAACCCUGGGAAGGGAGUUCCCGGGUAAUGCGAAGUCCGACAAGUCAUCCACAGGAAGUGAGUUUCUGGGUAGCAUGACGUCCGACACGACGACCCCGGGAAGGGAGUUCCCGGGCAGUGUGACGUCAGGAACUAUGACCCCAGCAAGAUUGAUGCCCACAAGCGAGGUGGUUGCUGGGCAGUUCAUGUCCCCGCCAACAGCACGGUCGGACCUGUUCGAUGCCGACAACAACGUUGGCGCUCCACAUAGGUUCCGACGCCUAGGGGGAUCUUCUCGGCGAACCUGCGGGACGACUGCAGCACCCCGAGAUCAAGAAGGACGAGCACGGCGCCUUCAUCAAGCACAAGGUACGGUUCGUCACGAAAGGUUACGUACAGCGCGCGGGGGAGGACUUGCAGGAGGUCCUCGCUCUGGUGGCAAAGCACGAGCAGGGCGUACGGGCUACACAAAGCCCCAGAAGACGGAUAUCCCGACGAAGGCAACGUCCGGUUUCACAAGUUGCACGAUAAAGUCGGAAUCGUCAACGUCAAACUCCUUCGACAAGGUUGAGGGGGAGAUUGUUGAGUCAACCAUGGUCUUCAGUGAACAUGCAGCUGCAUGCAUGCAGCACCAGCGGCAGCAGCUUCCUAUGCAUGUAAGGAAGUGGUAGUUACCUAGUAGUACGCUUAGAUGGUGCAAGGAACUUACCUAGAGGUUUCCUUGGUAGUACAUGGUAGUUUCGUGUGUGUUGUGCACGUCCAGCACAUAGUCGGUUUUAGAACCACUAUAUAAGGGGCAGGUCCCCAUCGUUGUAAGAUAAGGCCAUUCCAAGUUUGCAAUACCAGGCAUUUCCUCCUUCUAGUACCACCGUGUGUGCUCCAAGCCUCAAGUGCUGUGUACUACUACUACUGCUACUAGUGUGUGUAUGUGAUACACUAGUGAGUGUGUGAGUAGUAUGUGUGUGUGCUCAUCUGCCGGUCGUUUAUCAGUGUACUCGAGUGCUAGCGAGUAGUUCUGGGCUAACAUCCUUCACUGAGAAGGUCGAGGAAGAUGGACGCUGGUAGAAAGGAUGAGACUCAUCAAAAGUGACAUCCUGAGAAAUACGCAUCCGACGACCAACAAGACCCCAACAAAUAUGCAACUUGUAUUUUCUGGGGGCCAAAAGCCAGUAUAUAUAUACAUGUACAGGUGGUAAAUAUGCGGAAAACUCCUCAUACAAUGGGGAAAAUAUUCAGGCUAUACAUGGAACAUAAUGUAACUAACAAUUUGAACUUUUAGAUGAAUAUAUGAUAGUUUCUGGGAUCUGGUAAUUUUGCUGCUGGGUUGGGAUAAAAAAAAUUCUCCAGUUUUAGAAUCAUGCACAUAUUAUACGUAAAACCAUUUCCCUGCAUGUUUCACAUAGCUCACAUUGGGGCAUCUAGUAAUUAGUAAUGAGGUAUAUUAGUUGCGCUUCAUAUUGAUUUUGUUAGUCUUUUUGGUUAAAUAAAAUAUGUUAUGCACCUACGACAAUUUUAUUUGAUCUAGUAUGUGCUUCCUUGAACACACCUUCGGAGAUCUUGCAACCUGCAAGUCGUGUCCGCAGGUAGUUUUGCAACUUUGGGACUGGAUUAAACUCUCAAAUAAUGUAUGAUAUGGUUGGGCAGUACUAGAAAUGGUAUGCUUUUGCUGGAGUUCAUUGAGCCAAUGACCCAAAAUUAUAGGCGUAGCUUUUUCUUUUCUGUGGUAGGGUUGGGUAGUACUAAAAAUGGUAUGCUUUUGCUUAGGUUACAAUUAAGCAUCUGAAAGGUGGCAAGGAAU